UCAGAGAACCAGUUUUUCUGCUUUGUCAAACCAAAACCCCUAUGAGGCCUCACACUGAAAGUUGCUUGUCCUAUAAACAUAGUAACUCCGGGCAAAGUGCAGGGGAGAGAGAAGCUCAAGCCUUGGAGGGAUCAGAUCACUCACACUAACUAUGGCGCUGCACAAGGACUCCUACGUUGAGCUCAAUGAUGGGCACAAAAUGCCAGUGCUUGGUUUUGGCACUUAUGCCCCUCAGAAGUUCCCCAAGAACUUGGCAGAGGAGGGCACCAAAGUGGCCAUUGAUGUUGGAUACCGCCAUAUUGACGGCGCUUUUCUCUACGGGAACGAGGUGGAGGUUGGACGGGCGAUAAGAGCAAAGAUUGCCGAUGGUACAGUGAAGAGGGAGCAAUUGUUUUACACUGGGAAGCUCUGGUCCACCUUCCAUACCCCUGAGAUGGUCCGUCCAGCCCUGGAGAAAUCUCUGAAGGAUCUUCAGUUGGAUUACAUGGAUCUCUUCAUCAUUCAUACCCCCAUGGAGUUCAAGCCUGGAGAUGAUAUCUUUCCGGUGGAUGAAAAUGGGAAAUUUAUUUACCAUAAUACAGACAUUAGAGACACAUGGAAGGCACUGGAAGAGUGCAAAGACUCCGGGCUGGUCAGAUCCAUCGGGGUGUCCAAUUUUAACCACAAGCAGCUGGAGCUGAUCCUCAAUAUGCCUGGCCUGAAAUAUAAACCCGUCUGUAACCAGGUGGAAUGUCACGUGUACCUGAACCAGAGCAAACUGCUGGAGUUCUGCAAGUCCAAUGACAUUGUGCUGGUGGGGUACAGCGUAUUGGGGUCCAGCAGGGAUGAGCGAUGGAUUGAACCAAGCGCCCCUGUGCUCUUGGAAGACCCCGUACUGAAUGCGAUUGCUAAAAAGCACAACUGCACCACUGCUCAGGUAGCAAUGCGGUACCAUCUCCAAAGAGGAGUCAUCGUCCUUGCAAAGAGCUUUACCCCUUCCAGGAUCCAGCAGAACUUCCAGAUUUUCGACUUUCGGUUGGACGCAGAAGACAUGAGACGCAUCGACGCACUAAACAGAAACAUGCGCUACUUCGACACAUCCAAGUUGACGGACCACCCGAAAUACCCCUACAGUGAGGAAUACUGAUGGAUACGAUCCCUGACUCUCCCACUGACAGAUACAGCCGUCUUUGUAUUGAGCAGAAGAUCCACUUUUGCUACUGACCGGCCAGAACGCUAACGUUUCUCAUUGAGUUUCAUAAACAGCCUUCUCCUGUCCCCAUUGCCUGGACAUGAGAUAAAAAACAUAGUAAAAAAGUCUCCAGUUUGAUAUUUGAGAUUUCUUAUUCUAUGAGAUAAUAAAAUGUAACAACACGAA